UCUCCUCUCCCUCACACAAGAAACCGGCACGCCCCUACCAUCUUUCUCUCUCUUGCCUUUUCCCCUUGUAAUAAGUUCUCCUUGUUCUAAGCAAAACGCUUCCAAUUUCUUUUCUGUACGUUCCGCCAUAAUCGCCAUUGUUGCGUUCUCCCGAAAGAAACGCAAGUUUCUUGCUUUUCUCUCCCUUUUAAUUCGAGCGGGUUGAUGUUGUAAUGGAGACCAAAGGUGGCAAGAAGAAGUCUAGUAGUAGUAGUAGUAGUCGCCAUAGCACUCUACAAUACGAAGCUCCUCUCGGUUACAGCAUCGAAGACGUUCGCCCCAACGGUGGAAUCGAGAAGUUCCGAUCUGCUGCAUACUCCAACUGCGUGAGGAAACCAUCCUGAUACGUUCCCGCAUGACAAUGGCGUUCUCUGUAGAGUAGGAUACCAAAUUUUCUCCGCUUUCUCUUCAGUUUUAUUGACAAGAAUAAGCAGAAUUUCUGGGGUUUUAGCUCUUCUUCUCAACAGAUAGAAACAGAAACAGAAACAGAGUCGAAACCAAGACUGCGUUUCUCUCUCAGCCAUGGCGGUUUCAGCAAUUGGAUUCGAGGGCUUCGAAAAGCGCCUCGAGAUCACCUUUUCGGAUCCACCCUUCUUCUCCGACCCGCAGGGCCUGGGGCUCCGGGCCCUGACCCGGUCCCACCUCGAUUCGAUCCUGGAGCCCGCUUGCUGCACCAUCGUGGCUCAGCUCUCCACCGCCGAGUUCGACUCAUACGUGCUCUCCGAGUCGAGCCUCUUCGUCUACCCCCUCAAGAUCAUUCUCAAAACCUGUGGCACCACGAAGCUGCUCUUAUCCAUCCCCCAAAUCCUCAAACUGGCCGGCUCGCUCUCACUCCAAGUCGACUCGGUGAAGUACUCUCGGGGUACCUUCAUUUUCCAAAAUUCCCAGCCUGCCCCUCACCGGAGCUUUGCGGAAGAAGUUUCUUUCCUGAACGGCUUCUUCGAGAACGGCUACGCGUUUGUACUCGGCGAUCCGGCGGCGCCGAAACGGCUCUGGCACAUCUACUCGGCAUCAGUGAAAUCACAACCGUCGAUCAAACAUCAGACGGCCGUUAUCACUCUGGAAAUGUGCAUGACCGGGCUGGACAGAAGCAAAGCCGCCAUGUUUUUCAAAAACUCGAUACCGGGAUGUGAAAUGACCAAAAUGACGGAAGUUUCCGGGGUAUCCGAUAUAAUUCCGGAUCACCUGAUCUGCGACUUCGAGUUCGACCCGUGUGGAUAUUCGAUGAAUGGGGUUGAAGGGUCGGCAUACUCUACGGUGCACGUGACACCAGAGGAUGGCUUCAGCUACGCCAGCUACGAAGCGAUGGGGUUCGAUCACGAGUCGAUCGGGUUCGAGCCGCUCGUCCGGAGGGUCCUGAAGUGCUUCAACCCGGCGGAGUUCACGGUGGCAGUGACGUGCGCGGGCGGGGCCAGCGUGGAGUGGGCCGGAGGGGAUUUGGAAGGGUACACGUGUGAAUCUGGGGUGAAGCAGGAGCUGCCACGCGACGGGUGCAUUGUGUACCGGUGCUUUGCUGCCAAGGGGGAGGGGGAGGGUGGCGGCGGCUCGAGUGCAAAGUCCGUGAUGCAUUGCUGGAAGGAGGUGGCGGAGGAAGGCGGCGCCGUGGUGGCGCGCCAGUGUGUGUCGUCGGCGUAGUGGGAAAGGUUUAUUUUUGUAAUUUGGUUGGUGCGGAAUGGGCAAAACUGGCUUUCCCGAUUUAGGUUUCUAGAAUUCUCUCUCUCUCUCUCUCUCUCUUUUUGUGGCUCUUUUUCUCCACUUUGUUUGCGGAAUAAGGGUGGAUUUAUUUAGCUCAAUUUCAAUUUUCAAAUAAGCUUAUUGUUUCUCUCUC